AAUGUUGUACUCAUCCAAUCUGUCAAAUCACAAUGUUUUCACUGGAGAAUUACAAAUUCUCUAUCAAGGAUUUUGGUAUCAAAUAUCUCUCCUGGGUUCAACUCACAAGGAAAUUAAUCUCAUUUGCAAACACUUUCAUUUUAAGAGAGGAACUGUUCAUGUUCAAGAAAAUGUUGACGUCAUGGAAAAUUUCCCUCUAGUGACUUUAUCAUGCUCAAAAGAAGCCAGAGACAUCCGUGAUUGUUCUAUUAAUAAUUUUAUGGAACCUUUUCUAGUUGGAACAAUGUCAUUAACUGUUUACUGUUCUAAAAUGACGAUGGUCGACUGCAAAGAAACAUCGAAUGAAACUGCAACUAUAUUUAAAUAUCUAAAUAGUUGUUAUUACCUAUACAGAUUUUCGAAUAUAGUGAAUUUUAACAAAGCUGAACAGUGGUGUUUGUCAAAAGGAAAGAGAUUGGUAGGAAUAACUGACCAGGACGAAGCUAGAUUUCUAGAAAAUGCUCUCAUGUCGUGUAACUUGAAUGUUAGUAAAAAUUUGAUGGAAAGGACAAUAAAUGGUAAAGGUAAAGUAGAUACUUAUGCCACUAGCGAUGGUAUUUCCUACAAUUUAGCUGCAAUGUGGGCCAUAAAAGCAUCCAUAGCAAACAAAAGGUGUACAAUCAACGUAAAUGAACCACAUUUCACCUGGUACAGUAAUCCUUGCACAAGGCUUCAAAAAUAUCAGAAAUUCAAUUACUAUGGUCUCUACUCAACAGAUUGUUCAAAAACUCUGUUCAAGAAUAUCUUUUGUGAACAAGAAAUGGAUUUCAUAAAGUCUGAUGAUAAUAAAAAUAAAAUCAUUGACUAUCGUCAAAGUAUUGCUCAUAAUGAAAAUCUUGUUAACUCGGCUGUUAAGACAACUUAUAGACAUAUAAAUGAAAGUUUACGUAAAUUGUUUGAAUGUAAAAUAUCAAAGGAAUUUAUAAGUUUAAUCUUCAAAUGUGAUAAUUUUAACGAUUGCCAAGACGGUUCUGACGAAGAGCACUGUCCAAAUCUUGGAAAAUUAUCUGGUACUUUUCGAUGUGAUAAUGGUACAAAACUGCUUGGAGUUGUUCACCUGUGCAAUUAUUUAAAUGAUUGCUUGGAUAAAUCUGAUGAGAAGAAUUGUUACUUUGAAAAAUGUAGCAACUACUUAUGGACUUGCCAUAAUCAACAAUGCAUCCCCAGAGGGGUAGUAUGUAAUUCUGUAAAUAACUGUUUUGAUGGAUCAGAUGAAAAGAACUGCACGAAAGCAGGUUGA